GAUGGCCGCACCCGUGGAUAGAAUAUUAUUGUUUAGCGUUUGCUGUACAAAUAAAGACGCAAAACUUUGGUGAAAAGAAUUGUCUUCCAACAGAAGCAUAGCGAAGGGCAUUCGGAACCGUUCAGUACAGCUUAACGUGUGCACUUGAGUGUUUUUGUGACAAGGAGCCACUCGUAGAAAUAACUCGUUCGAUUAGAUAAAUCUCUUAUCCUUAUCGGUAACGCACGUUGGCAAACGGUGCGAAUCGGUUCGGGGAGUUUAAUCAAAUCGCGCUUGAAAACCGCCCUUGCGCGCAGAUACGUUGUGUGCGGUUUGUUCAGUCGGUCGCAAAAAAGGGGUUGAACCAGUUCCAAAACUAUCUCACCGCAGUCGGUGGUGCUCUCGCGAACCCCCGUUUGUUUGUUGUGUAUCGAUCGACCAUAGAUCGGAUAUCGAAUUCCCGCGGUGUCACAAUGCGAUAUUGUGGCAAUUUUGUGUUCGUUGGUCGUAAAGAGUGCUUGAUAAAAGAGAGAUAAAGUGAGAGAAAAAAAGAGAGAGAGGAAGAGAGGGAGAGAACAGAGAAUCGAGAGUGUUUGUGGAAACAAGUUCAACUUGAAACGGUGUCUGCUGUCCGUCUUUUUGGGUGGCUAAAGCAAGCAAGAUUAAACGGCAUUUGCUAUGGAGGAGAAUACAUCGGCGCAGAGCACAUUUUGAGAGCGUCCAUUUGUCCGCAUACAUCAGAUCCAGCUAGCUUGAAGCAGGGAGCAGAUUCCUCUUAGCAGCUAAGUGAGCCGUUCCAGCAAGUGACAUUCCAGUGUGCGUGCGUACGGUACUGGCAAUGAAGAACACCCACCUUAUCUCCAAGCAAGACUCGGUUUGACAGUUUAUGAGCGGAAAAUUGCACUCGCCGUUUGUGUUUCGUGCGAGCUAGGGCGCCAACACCCUGCCAAGGCAGGUCAGAAUAUGCGUAAUCGUAAUUGAAAAUGUGAUUAAAGGUGAUUCAUCACGUGUACCGUUGCAAAAAAACGGCCUGUUAACGUGUUUGUGCCAAGGGGAAAAAGGGCCAUUGUGCCGGGUUAUGUAAGGUACGGCACACGGUGACAGAAGAGCUCGCGGGCUGUACGUUCGUCACCUGGUCUCGUUGUCUCCCGUUUGAGUCACUCGGCGUGCUGUGUGUUUGUGGCUGCAGAAGAUAUCUCAAGAGACGUCCUUGAUCGUGCCGUUUACCAGUGUCAGAGUUGAGUUCUUUCAGACCGUUGCAAGUGUGUGUGUUGGUGUACGGCCGCGGAUCCGGCACGGAACAGCUGUUCGGUGACACGUGUGAGGGUGCUAGCCCUAGUACGAUCGGUUACCGGUUUGUGUGUGUGUGUAGUGAUUUCAUCAACCUCACACGCAUAACACACGCUGUUUGUGUGUUGUGUCGGGUAGCUCGGGGUAGCUUUUGGCUGCCACCGGUGAAACGGGCUAGUUCGGUCGUGUGCAACAGUGUCGUAGGUAAUGAUGGUUCGUUCCGCCACGCGGACAUUGGUCCGACAUUGUGUGCUGUUAUUGGUGGUACUGGUGGCGCUUGAUAGAAGUGUGGGCACGAUAGAUAACGCUACCGGUGCGGUACGCGAGAAUUCCCUUCCGAAUGAAGUGCCCGCCGUAGUAAGCGCCCAAUCGCACGUAGUACCUGAAGCUACCGUCAAUACUGCAACGACGAUUGCAACAGACACGAUCACCACUACCAUCGUCAGCUCGACGGAAGUAGCUACAGCAACGACGUCAUCGAUCGCCGCUAGCAAUGAGGCCACGCGGACCGUGACGACAUCCACAGCGUUGCCGACGACUUCAGUGCCAGUAACAGAGGUCAGCUCGAUUGAGCCGAUUCAUCAGCAACAAUCCACCUCAUCGGCAUCCGAUGAGUUUCCACCAGAUUGUUCGGAAUUUAGCGCUUCGCCCGUCCAGCUGAUGUACAGUGAAAAGGCACGCAUACGCAAAUGUUGCCCACCGGGACAGAUGAUACAACCGCGCAACAGCUUCCAGUACGAGUGUGUCCCGGGCAGCCAGGAGCUAAAGAUCGAAACCAUCGAGGCACAGUUUUACGGCAACAGCGAAUGCGUUGAGGUGACCGGUGAGCAGGUUGUGCUGCCGGUAGAAUCGCAAGAUCUCUGCAAAAGCGACCCGAAAGCGUUGAUGUACAGUGCGGACCAGGGUGAUGAGCUGUUUGUGCUACAGAAUGGAUCACUGUUGGUGCUGGAGAUGGGAUCACUCGUGUCGGUCUUUGACAGUUACUGUGUGGAAAUGACGAACGAUGCGAUGCUGUUGGCGAAAGUGUGUGAACAUGUGGCAAUCGAACGGCUCGGUGUAGUGGAGUUCUUCAUGCUGUUCGGUUCAGUCCUCUCGGUGCUAGCAUUGCUGUUUACUGCACUGUGCUAUUCGUUCGUCCCAAAGCUGAAAGAUACCUUCGGAUAUCUUAUCGCGGCCCACGCUGGUACGUUCGCUAUCGGGACGAUUUUAUUCGGGCUUGCCCGGUGUGGUGGUCGCUGUAUCAAUCCGGCCAAUGUUGAAUUGACCGAAAUCUUCUCGAACGCGUUGCUUGGUAGCUCCAUUUUUGCAUUCUUUCUCAUGAACGUGUACAACGCAAUGUAUGUGGCGUACUACAUACCGAAUGGGCUCGAGUACGAGAACAAAAACAAGCGGGACAUGUAUGCAUUUCUGGCGGUGCUGUACUGUAUCACCCUAAUACCGUUGGUGCUAUUUCCCAAGGGUGGUCUUGUUUGUAUCGUGUUUCUAUACCAUGGAGCAAUCGUAGUCUCGCACAUCCUUUCGUGGCACUAUGCGAGAAGACUCGCCUCGGGCAUAUAUCUCCAAAUAAGCGGCCAAACGAAGAUUAAUUCAACUCGGCUGAAUGACAUAAAUGGACAGCGGUGGCUCUGUCUGGUGGAGACAAUAUUUGCACUCGUAGCAUGGAUCGUCUUGGCAGGGUUAAUACUGUUCAACAUUAUGACCGGUUCGGCACGUAUCGUUGCCGUGUACUGCAUCGUACUGCAAGGUCUCCUUAUCGGGGGGCUGUUUGUGGCCGGCCAGCAGCGAUGGAUCAUACUGCGGGAAUGCUGGAGCUACUCGGGUUCGGUCGAUUUGCGUGCGGUAGAGAACGGUGUGGAAAUGAAAACGUUCGCCAAAUCGAAGGUGAUGCUGGAGGAACCGGAGGAUGCAACCAAUACGUAGAUCGGGGUGUGGACGUAUCCGUCACAAAACAGCCAUAAUAUGUACUACACUAUCUGUGAUCGUUCUGUCCCGUUCCAUUCCGAAACCGUGGCGUGACACAACUCGUGCGAAGAUUUGGAAUUCGAAUAAUAAGUUACCCAAAAGCUGGACUGGUCGCAUUAGCAGGAAAUACUCCUCUACCCUGUACGUACAUGACGACUAAGCUUGAGUAUUGCAUGUACUGUGUGCCAAAAAUGAAAAGCAUUAUGAAACAUUUAUAAACCAUAGAAGUGAAUGCUACUCACCGAACGUUCAAUGUGAAGAAGCAGAUAUUGCUUUUUUGAAUGACAGCAGUAUUGCAGUCUUUAGAUAGUAAGAUAAUAGAAUAAGUAUGCAAUAAACCAGAUUCGCAAUUA